UAGGUUUCGGACAGUGCUUCCAACCCACCCAUACUCAAAACUUAACGAUACCUUGAACUGAUAUCAUCCAUAACCCUCAAUUCUGAAAUUCAAAUCUGUCGUCCUGACCUACCACAACUUUAGGCUUCUCUUACAAUGGGAGGCAAGACAUUGUCAGGUGUUCAUCCCCUUGUUAAUCGUCCCCCUGUUGUAAAACGAGGUACGAGACAUAUUUACAUAGGAUGGCUUGUUUCCAUAGGAAUAUUGCUCACAGUGAACUGCUUAUGGGCAAACUCUUUUCAGCAAAUUGUUGCAAUCAGUGUUGUACCAAAUGCAGUGUUGAUUGUAUCUCAGAUCAUUUGGCGACUGUGUUUGCUUUCUGAAGAGUGCAGCCACGUUCAAAAAUUGUGUUGUGGGAGUUACCGGCAACUUUUCGAGAGAACUCUAUGCUUCAAUAAAAUCUCAACAUGCACUGCAUUUACAACUUUUGCGUUUCUCUUUUCAGACAGACUGAACCUUAGUGAGACAUGGAAAGAUAUUGGACCUAUUCCUUUCUCUUUAUCUUUUUGUUCUUACUAUAUUUUACAUUGUAUUAUGCAAUCUGAAGUGUGCCCUGCCUGGGAAGAUCAUAUUAUGAAACAAUUGAAUGGCCUGGACUAUGGAUCAGGAAUGGCUCACUCUUUUUUUCAUGGCUACUUAAAGAUAAUUCUUCCUGCACGUGGCGACAGCUCUCAAGGUAUAUCUGAGAGAAUAAAGUUGUUCUUAGAAAAAGAAGAGAUCAGAGAAGAUCAGUUUCCCAUUCAGAAACUUAUAGUUCUCAUUCCAAGCUCGGGCAAUUUAUUUCCCCUACUGACUGAUGAGCCCUCUCAAGUUGGUGCAGAUCCAGCCGUAACAGCUUCAACGGAAUUGCGCUUGCAAGAUGUUUUAAGGAAUCGUGCUGGUACACAGCAGAGGGUAUAUCGUGGUGCUGCUUACCGAAUUAGGGUAAAAAGAAAUGGCACAGUAUCAUUUUUGUACACCAUAGCUGAAGGAGCUACAGCAGUGCUUACCUUUCGUGAAGCUUGUUUAGCUGGGUCUCCUGAAGCUGAACACCUACGAAUGCACAAGGCAGAUGUUAUUUCCAAUUUUUAUCGAACCUUGCAGAAGCUUAUUGAUGAUGACAAACAAUUAACACACUUAGUAGAUUUGCUGUAUUACGAUGAUGAAGAUCCAACCCAUGCUGAUGUUCUCUCUCUCUUGACUGAACAUUUACUUGAAGCUCGUCACAGAAAAUAUAACUUUUGAUUCUUCUCAUGAUUUGAAACAGUUUUUUUGUGAUAUUUUGUGAUAACCCAUUUGAAUUUUCUUCAGGGACUCUAGUCUUCUUUUGCAAUAUUGUAGCCAAUUAAUUUCAAGACAAUAUUUUUUCUUUAAACUUGUAAGUCUAAGUUAAAGAACUUAUGAGAAAGUAAGAGACAGGGAAAUUAUAGAACUUUAUCAAACAUUUUGUCAUAUUUUUUUAUCAAAGAAGAAAAUAAACUAAGUAACAAUGUAUCUAUAA